AUCUGUGGUACCUUAUUUUUGUUGCAUUUCACACAGAAAUGAAUCUCCUGAGCUUUACUGUGGUGCUGGGACUGCUGGUGGGGACAUGGGCUCAACCCAUCGUGCGAAGGCCUCUGUGCGACUCCCCCGAGGCGGAGGAGGCUGCUCUGGUGGCGCAGGAUUACCUCAACGGUCAGCACCAUCAUGGCUACAAGUAUGUACUGAACCAGAUCGACGACAUCAAGGUCUACACGAAGCCAGACGGAGAUGAAUACGACAUGGAAGUUGACCUGCUGGAGACAGACUGUCACGUGUUGGACCCGACGCCUCUUGCCAACUGCACAGUCAGGCCCAAAGUACAGACGGCGGUAGAAGGAGACUGCGAUGUGGUGCUGAAGAAUGUCAGCGGUGUUCUGAAGGUCAUUGCAUUCAAGUGCAAAUCAGAGGUAUCCACAGAGGAUUUGUGUUUGGGCUGUCCCACCCUCCUUCCCCUCAAUCACACCGAUGCGCUGGACUUUGUCCAAGCCUCUCUGACAUCCUUCAACAACAUGACAGUGGACACAACACACGUUCUUCUUGAGGUUGGAAGGUUGUCAUCACAGAUUGUGUCUGGUGGGCCCAUCUUCAUAACAGAAUAUGUGGUUGUUGAGGGAAACUGCACCGAGGAUCCCUGCGUGCCCCUGAACGAUGCCAUGGCUACUCGUGGGAUUUGUACAGCCAAAGGUACAAUCGCCCAACACAGCGUGGACUGCAAGAUGUUCUCCACUCUGAUUCCCAUUGUAGAUGCCAACAGCACUGCAGCUGCAGACCCCCUCCUACCACCAGCGGUUCAUGUGCACACACACGGCCUGUCACACAAGCACGGCCACAGCCACCACAAACUGACAGCGCUCCACAACCCCCAUCAAAACGUCCUGUUAUCUGCAGAGUCAGCAGAGUCAGAUGAAGUUGUACCUGUCGUCCCUGCUGCUGCUGCUCCAGCUGCAGAUCCUGCUCCAGCUGCAGAUCCUGCUCUCGCUGCAGAUCCUGCUCUCGCUGCAGAUCCUGCUCUCGCUAUAGAUCCUGCGCUCGCUGCAGAUUAUGAUUCAGCUGGAGAAUCUUUACAGAGUAAGGAGCUACCUCCUAACUUCAGGAAGAGAGAUGUAUCUGCUGCCAUCAUGGUUAAUGCUCCUGCUGCUCAAACAGGACCAGUUUCUCUCGUGCCAGUGUGCCCAGGAAGAGUCAGAUUCUUCUAAGUGUCCAAGUCUCACAGACUCUAUACUUGCUUUCACUUGUAGCAGAGCACCUUUGAUACAUUAGCCAUAUCCAGUAGAUGUAACAAUACACCAACCAAUGAGAAAUAAUUCAUUGUUUUAAACUGUCAAAUCGGACAAGCUUCUCUGUCAAAUUGUAUGUAAAGAUGUUGAAUAAAUCUUAAGUGAAUUUACAGGGUUAA